AUGAUUCAGUGCGCCAACUGCGAAAAACCAAUUGUAGACCGGUUCUUGCUGAAAGUUUUGGACCGACCGUGGCACGUCCAGUGUGUGCAGUGCUGCGAAUGCAAGUGCACGUUGACUGAAAAGUGUUUUUCGCGUGAAGGGAGACUCUACUGCAAGAAUGACUUCUUUAGGAGAUUUGGGACCAAGUGUGGCGGUUGCUCCCAGGGGAUUCUGCCCAGUGAUCUCGUCCGGAGGGCCAAGAGCAAAGUCUUCCACCUCAACUGCUUCACAUGCGUCAUGUGCAACAAGCAGUUGUCCACCGGCGAGGAGCUCUACAUCUUGGACGAAUUCAAGUUCGUUUGCAAGGAGGACUACAACAAUAACAACGGCAAGGACGGCAUUCACCUCUCAGUGACGACGUGUAGCGAGCCCAGUUUAUCUCCGGACUCCCAGGACCUGCAGCAGGAUGACUGCAAGGACUCGGAAGCGGGUCACUUAUCCGACAAAGACGUUUGCCCCAACGAGAACGACGAGCAAGGCGCCGUGGGGAAGAGACGCGGGCCUCGGACCACCAUCAAGGCCAAGCAGCUGGAAACCCUAAAAGCGGCUUUCGCGGCCACACCGAAGCCCACCAGACACAUCCGAGAGCAACUAUCGCGGGAGACUGGCCUUAACAUGAGAGUCAUCCAGGUAUGGUUCCAAAACCGGAGAUCCAAAGAGAGGCGCAUGAAGCAACUGAGCGCUCUCAGUGCCCGGAGGCACAUGUUCUUCCGCAGCCCGAGAAGGAUGCGCGCUCUGGGGGAGCGCUUGGACACCGCAGAUCUCGGACAUUUCUCCUACUAUGGAGAUUAUCCCGGCGAAUUUUACGGCCCAGGCGGGAAUUACGAGUACUACCAAGGUCCCCCGUCAUCCCAGGCGCAGACCCCAGCAGACUUGGGCUUCGUGCCCUCGGCGAUCCCCUCCGGAACCCCCCUUGGGGCCAUCGAGCACCGCCACCCCGGGCACCACUGCCCCGGAGAGGUGCAGUGUUACCCCGACGCGGUACCCCACCAUCCGGUGAAUUCGCCCAGCCCCGAGCCUAACGGACCGGGCUCCAUGCACAGCAUCUCCAGUGAGAUGUGUGGGCCCGGCACGCCUUUCGCCGCCAUAACGCUCGGAGACAACGGAUACAGUAACCAACUGUCGCAGCCCUCGUCCGAGGUGAGCGAAGGAACUGUGUGGUAA